AUAGUGUACUUGAUGUCGGCGGCAUCGUCACGCUGCAGACAAGCAACCUCGCCAGCCUCUGGAUACCACGAGCUAGCUGAAGCAGAUAUAUGUGCCUUUAUGUUUGCCUUCUUUUGGAUACUAUGCUGCAGAGUCUCACAGCUACACGGAGUUUGGAUUAGUGUAUGAUUCUUUUUUGUUAAUAACUUCUGAAUAUUGCGUUGCGUAAAUGGCAGAUAUUGCAAAGCCAGCCAAAACACAUGGAGUUGGAGUCUUCUUAGAGCUGAGAAAAAGACUGGAGAGUGGACUGCUUAUUGUCGGGAAAGAUGUGGCCAGUAGUCCAGCGGAUGUGGUCGUGACGGCUGGAGAGUCCUCUCUCCGCAUCAAGACUCCCAGAGGCGAGCUGAGCCUGACUUUGCCAGCGGGAGUCAACUACGAGCAGGGAUCCUGCAUUCCGACGCCUGCGGAAGAGUUCAGUGGCGAGGAGCUGCAUUUCCGACUGCGCAUCGGCGUCUCGCGACACCCAGAUCAAGAGGCUUCCGGCAACGCGAUGGAGACGCUCCGGGCCAAAGAGACUUAUUGCUUCCACUGCCAGGGCUGCAUGACCAGGCUGCUGGAGGACAGAGAGUUUAAGAGAGUCCUUCCUCUUCCUAACUGCAACUGGAACGCCAUCGUGGACGACUGGUGUUGCCACCCCGAUCCGUUCGCCAAGAAGCUCUUGCCCCGAGCAGAGGACUGUUUGCUGGGCGACACCUUCCUCCUGCUCGCCAAAGAUGGCGGCUGUGCACAGACUCUCACGGAGGAGGAGAGCCCGGUUGGCUCGGAGGACAGUCCUGAUUCCAAGAAACCCUGCCGCCGACUGACACUCAUUUCCUGCAAGAGCUGUUCGUUGGUGCUGGGCGAGGCCGUUGCUCCAGAAACACUGAAACUGUACAUCACACAGGUGGUGGUGGAGCCUGCCGUGGGAGACCGAGAGCUAGAAGCUUCACUCAACAGGUCGCUCUUCGUGGAGCAGACGGUAGCAGCCCGGCUGUUGGGGCUGUCCAGCUCGCAGAGCACCUUCCACUUCUCUGUCCAAACUCCUGAUGGGAAAGCCUUCUUAUUGGUCUGGCUGCUGAACAGCGACUCCAUGACGGCGUCGGUCCCAGAGACGUGCGUCGGGGAUGAAAGUUCCCUCGGCUCCCCAUCUCUCCGAGCUUCCAGAGCCCUGAAACUCCUCUAUGCCUCCUGCUCAGACACGGGCCCCCAGCAGAAAGACAUUGUAGAUAGUUGGGAGGCCAAUGCCAUCGGACAUCCUGUGGUGCUGCCCCUGAAUGUGUGUGAGGAGCUGCUGCAAGUGAUCGAUGACAGCAACUCUACACUUCCUGCCUCCAUGCGCUGCAUGAGGUCCUACGAGGUAGCGUACCUGAGGCUGUGAGGUCAAAGGGCCGAUGCCAGGAGGUCGAGACUCCACCCUCUCGAAGAAUUCACGGAGAUCUAGGGCGGCUAACGAGGGAACCGUUUGUAAACGCGUACUGUAUUCUUGUAUAAGUUAAGAUGAUAUCCUGCACGGCUUUCAAGUAAGUAUGGGAUUGCUACAGAAAUAAAUCUCAGCGAGCUUUUUUCGUUAAUCAUACCAAGUUGUGGUUUCUGGUUGCCUCUGUCAACAUCUUUGCCAGCACCUGAAAGCAGAUUCAUGUUGGAACAGGUUGCUGCGACGCUUCUAAAUGUUAAAAGCAUAUCCAGGAAAUGUGGAACUGGAAGAGAAGGACGGCACCAUCAACAAUGUUAUUCAUGGGAUAGAAAGCUGCUUCUCGUUUUAGUUGUUUCUCAUUUUUAAUCCUAAUGUAUGAUUGUACCAGCAUGGAUCAUAGUGGUUGAAGAGCAUGCAUGUGUACAUUGUAUGUUUGUCCCGUCCUAAGCUUUAUUUUGUAUUUUUCUUACAGUUCUCAACAAAAAAUGAUUAAACUGUUGUGUUUUUGAAAGGAUCA